UUUGUCAAUCUGGUGAGCGUCGGCUAGCGAGCUAGGAAUCGAGAUAGCGAACCGGCAGAGAAGAAAACAACAUUCCCGCACACUCGAUCCGCUCGCGUUCUGUGCCAAGGAGUCAGGGGCUCGCGCGUAAACAAGAUGUCCACUCCAGCAAGACGACGUUUAAUGAGGGAUUUUAAACGACUGCAAGAGGAUCCUCCAGCAGGAGUUAGUGGGGCCCCAUCAGAAAACAAUAUCAUGGUAUGGAAUGCUGUCAUUUUUGGACCGGAAGGAACACCUUUUGAAGAUGGAACCUUCAAACUUACCAUUGAAUUCACAGAGGAAUACCCAAAUAAACCUCCAACAGUGCGAUUUGUCUCCAAAAUGUUUCAUCCAAAUGUAUAUGCAGAUGGCAGCAUAUGCUUAGAUAUUCUUCAGAAUCGCUGGAGUCCAACUUAUGAUGUCUCUUCAAUCUUAACUUCAAUACAGUCUUUACUGGACGAACCAAACCCAAACAGUCCAGCCAAUAGCCAAGCAGCCCAGCUGUACCAGGAAAACAAGAGGGAGUACGAGAAGCGGGUUUCUGCAAUUGUUGAACAGAGUUGGCGCGACUGUUGACCCACGUUAACGUUCGAGUAUGAACAGUGAACCGGCCCAGAAUCAAGAAACCACCAAUCAAGAAAACGAGAUUUCACAGAAAUAAAGUGACACAUCUUUAAAAAAUCCCUCUCGAUAUAUUUGUCCCAUUACUGUUGCUAAUUUUUGUAUGCUGUUGUGUUGUGGCAUUCACUCCUGCCGAAUGCUAUGUCGGGCAAUAGCGUGUUUGUUAAAAGUUAAUGUACCUUGUUAUAUCUGGGUUACUUGCUACAUGCCCCAAGUCUUUUCUUUUUUUCUUAAGUUUUAUGACCGAACUCUCUGUUGUCACUUUUCUACCUGUUGUUUUUAAGCUGGCUGGACGAUACGGUGACCGUUACUAAGAUGUGAUUGCUGUGUGGUUUGCUGUGUAGAUACUGACAGUUCAUAUUUACAAAAAAGAAAACUGUUCAUGGGUGUUUCUCCUUCUGUUUGUGGUUUCACUCCUAUUGGUUUUAUUUCUUUCCGCCUUUUGAAAGCCUUUCAGUGGGACAGAAAAAUUAACCUGGCAUGGAAAUCGAUUCGCUCUAACAGGCUGUCAACUCAACAGAUGCCUUUCUCUCAGAUGUGCUUGUGAAGCCAUUCCUUGGAUUUUAAAAACGUUCUAGAUAUUGGUGAACAGGUUAAGUCCCUCUUCGAGACCGAAACAGACUUUCGUACCCUCUCUGGGCACUUAACUUUGUUUCAUGCAGUGUUUCAUGAAGCUGACAUUUUUACGCUAUUUUACAAUCUUACAAAUCAGCUGUCGUAAUGAGCUGAGUACACUGUUAAAACAGGACACGUGUCUUGUUUUCAGAUUAUAAAACUUUGCACUGGUAACCCAUGUAACAAACUGUACAUUUUCUUGUAAAUAAAAUAAAUAUACAAAAAGUU